AUGGACGUUCCACCAGAGGAUCAUGUGGGGAAUCAAGAGACGCAACCACUUCUCGAUGAGGGUAUUGGAAUGUAUUCGGAGGAUAUGGAUAGAGAUAAUGAACCAGAAUAUAUUACUGAAUACGGAGAUGGUACCGAGUCGGCACAGAGAGCGCAGAGGCCCAAUGGAGCGACAGUCCUUUGUCGUGUAUGUGACGUGCCAGUGUCACUGGAAGGACGCAAUCAGCAACACGUUGUCAAAUGCCACAGUUGCGACGAGGCGACACCGAUUCGUCCGGCUCCACCAGGCAAAAAAUACGUGAGAUGUCCGUGCAAUUGCCUUCUGAUUUGCAAGGCGUCGUCGACGAGAAUCGCGUGUCCACGGAAUAAUUGUCGUCGGGUUAUCACUUUGGCAGGUCAACGUGAUCCAGGAACCGCAAUCCGAGCUCCGACUGGAAGUUGCCGUGUGAAAUGUAAUCAUUGCAAUGAGAUAUUCCUCUUCAAUACUCUCACAAAUGCUCUCGCCAACUGCCCUCACUGCAAAAAGUACUCGACAGUCGGAAAUUUCGCUCGUCGUCGUGCACUACUUUUCUUCGUUCUAGCUGCGACUGUCGCCGUUCUCGCUGUGAUUCUCACAAUGUUGACGAAUGCUUCGACAUUCAACAAAAUCUACAUGGUGCCCAUUCUGAUUGGAUUAUAUGGAUGUGCCCUCUACACUGCAUACAAAAGUUUCAACUACUAUACGUGCCGGAAGAGUGAAAUUAUUGGACCUGUCGAGGGAAUCGACAACUUCUGA